UCGAGCAGGAUGACAUGUGCACAGUUUGUCUUCUGCCUGACAUGUUUGUUCUUGGGGAGAAUGGUUCAGGCGACUGAUCAGAAAUUCUCCUCAUCUGUUCGUCAAGAGAGAAGUUUUGUAUCAGCUAAUGUUGGUGAAAGCUUGACUUUACCCUGUGUAAUUAAAAAUAAUGAUGCAACAAGGAUUUACUGGUACAAGCAAAGUGUGGGACAGAAACCAAGGCUCAUCUCGACCCUAUUUGCUUUUAAUAGAAAUACAACAUUUAAUGAUGAAUUCAAGAAUAAUCCACGUUUCACUCUGGACACUGGAACUGGUAAAAAUCACUUAAAAAUAACAGAUCUGCGUAUAUCAGACUCAGCUACUUACUACUGCGCCAAAAGGACUUCAUUCAUUACUGAAUUUGAUGAGGGUGUUACUGUCAGUGUACAGGGUUCAGGUUUGAACAUCAAGGUUUCGGUCCAUCAGUCCGGACCUGAGACCAUCCAGCCAGGAGGCUCUGUGACUCUCAGCUGUACAGUACACACUGGGACCUGUGAUGGAGAACACAGUGUUUACUGGUUCAAAGACUCUGAAGAAUCUCAUCCAGGACUCAUUUACACUCAUGGAGACAGGAAUGAUCAGUGUAAGAGGAAACGUGAGACACAAACACAAACCUGUGUCUACAACUUGCCGAUGCAGAGCCUGAAUCUUUCUCAUGCUGGGACCUACUACUGUGCUGUUGCCUCAUGUGGACACAUACUGUUUGGAAACGGGACCGAGCUGGACGUUGAGGAUGAGGAACACUCUCUUGUCUUGGUGUAUUUCUUGAGCGGAGCUUUGGCGUUCACCACCAUCCUGGUUGUUUUACUGGCUUCCUUAAUUUACAAGAUGAAGAAAACAAACAGCUUCCUAUCAGAGACACAAACAAGAUCUUCAUCCUCCAGAGCAGAUGCAGAGGUAAAAUUUCAUCUCUAG